GUAAAUACAAAAUGUGCUUUGUUCUUUCUGCAUAUAAAAUAUAAAAUGUAAAAAUAUGUAAACAAGGGAUAACAGUUAUGUCAAAUAGUUUAUUGAGGUAGGAUUCUCUGCAAGGGUUAUGUUGAUAACUACAUAAUCUGUAGCUCAUCUGAGAGAUUGCCAGUAGAAUAAGGGAGUUAUCAUGGAAGGUGAUUAUCACCACAACAAGUGUGUGUGGAACUCUAACCCACCCUAUUGGCUGAAUAGUGUGGGACCACUGUGUCUGAUGACCUGUGAACUGUCUCUGGAAUGCUAUGUACUGGGAGAAGAAAGACUAAAGGGGAUAAUGACCUUAUAGUACCAGGCCACUCAUGACAGAAAAACAGAGGCAAAAAGGUGCAUGAUAAAAUAGAUGUUACUGGUACUAAAAGUUUUUAGUAUAAUGUUAAUUAUUAAAGGGAUGAUGAACUAAAUUGAGUAGGUAAAAUUUGAGUUAAAGUAAACACUAAGGACUGUUAUCCUGAAUAUUGGAUUGGACAAUUUAUAAACAACAUUUAGUUAUGUUUUGAAUAUGGGAAAACUCUGGAAACUAAUCCUGAGACGGGUUGGUUGACAGAACUUGCAGAAUAUUAGAUUCUUUAUUUAGCAAUGUCAUUGUGAUUGGAGUGAUACAUUGGAAUGAAUGGCUGUUGUGUGAUGGCACCCAGGGAUGAGGAGGACAUUACAAAUAGUGGUGAUGUGUUGCAAAUAUGCAGUUAUUAUAAUUUACUUUACUAUUUUUCUUGUUUGGUCAAUUUAUUUUUGUCUUGAGGUAAAUCUCAGGAGAGACUGAUAUAAAUUGACUAGAGAUGAUUUGGGAGUGUUUGAGUACGUAUCGGACUGUGGAAGGAAAUUGGGAGUAGUGAUUUAUGUGUUAUGAGUUGGAGGAACUGUGGUUACAUUGGGGACUCAUAUGAAGGUUGUGAUAACAGGGGGGGUGUUAUUUCUGGAGGCGGUGUGUGUUGAUAGACAGGAUGGUUUGAAGAGGGGGAAGGAUAGUUGGUCUUGUAUAAAUAGAGACAAUUCUAAGGGUAGAUAGAACAUUACACACACCUAGAUUAUGGUAAAAGUAAUAAGUAGUGGCAUUUUGAAGAAGCUUAGGACUUAGUUUUGUUAGGAUUGGAUAUUCUUUCAACUGGAAGACACUUGACUGAGUACAUGAUAUUCUUACAGCAGUUGCUGUAGGGACCAUAACGUGGAUAUCAUUAUGAAUAUUUUUGUGGCAAGAGGUCAGGUAUUUGAGACAGAAUGUUUACGUAACAGAAUGUUUACAUAGGGCUGUUAUUUAAGAAAGUCUGUUGUCAGGAAAUAACCCAUGUGUUAGUAUGUAUGUUCCCAGGAAAAGAGCAGUAAGAUGCCAGAUGGAACGGCAUGGGCUGAAUUCUGGAGACUGAGUGUACAUCAAGAUACACCAGGCUGGGGAUAUACUUCGUACAGCACCUGCAGUGGUAAAGAUCGUCAUGUCUCUCUUUGAUGGGUGCAUAAGUUUCACAAGAAGUAAGGUCCAGCUGAAUAAUGGUCUUUUGUUUAGGAAACCAGAUGGAGAAGGGUUCUCCAGCUUCAGCUGGAAUGUCAGUUUGUGUGAUGAGUGAUGGAAGUAAGAGAAUGUAUGGUGUAAUUGUAGAACAGAGGCCAUAAGUCUUUAAGUAUGAAUGCCCCACAGAAAGAAGGCAGAAACCUGAACCAGGACGAGAGGUUCCACAUCUGAUGAUCCAAGGAGACCAGAAGGACCUCUCCCAGUGAUACCAGGAGAUCCAGUCUACGGUCGAGUGUUCCGAAGGAAGUGGGAUCAGCCGAGGAGAGAAGGACCCUACGAGGAGGCAACAGCCACAAACACGGCCGUCCAAGUGAAAGGAAGCAAGACGUGGUAUCAUCUAAACCACUGCACCCGAGUCCCGACGGAGAGAAGGACACAACCAUACAGAGGUGGGGACACAGAGGAUGCUGAUUCACCAGAGGGGACCCCGGAGGGAGCAGGAGCAGCGGAAUCGAUCAAAGCCCCGGGGAGGAUUCAAGAAAAUGGCAGACCAAAUACAACGAGUGCAUCAGCUAACACACUCCGAAAAGAGCCUGAAAAGAAAAGAGCCUGAAAAGAAAAGAGACAAACGACCAAAGUUUCCUCCAGUAUGGCCAGAAAGCCCAGAAGUGGGAGGGGGUAACAUGUCUGCCACUCCUGAUGAUAUACCUGUUGGGGCAGGCCUCUUUGACAGAAGCCCUCUACAGAGGGGCUCCGAGGUAUUGCCUAAAGAAUGGGAACAUUUCUUCCCUGAAAUGGACACCUUCCAAAUGGAAGCCCAGUCCGGCCUGAGGAGGGAGCUUCAGGGGAGGAAAGAAGGAGAGACCCCACUAACGAGAAGGAAAAGUCGAGUGAGCUGAAGAAAAUGGCAAUUUCCCCAAAAAUGGACUUUUCAGCUCUUACCUGAUCUCCAUAAUGAACCAUUGGAAUUAGGACCACGAAAGAACAGUGACAAUGACACAAUAAGAGCGACAGGACAAUACGAAGAUGAUGCACGCACUCACAAUCAAGAUAAAUGAUAAAAGCAGGAAGAGAAGAGAGGAACCUGUCGAACGAGGUAAAAAGACAGGACCUGUUGAUAGGUUUAAAUUUCAUGUUCCCUCACCACUUCCAACAGAACCAGGGGAACAGAGGACAGUUUCUGUAUGGAAGAAGAAACCUGUACCGGAGGAGCCACUCUGUGGAUGGUCCUAUGCAAGCACCUGAACAAAAACUGCUGGUGACAACCAAAGUAAUGACAACAAUGGUGGCGGCUGCUGUAACGACCACAGCAACUACCACUGAGAUGACACCAACUGCUCUUAGCAAGCAGACCACGGCAAUCACAAAGACACCUGACACAUCAGAGCCAAAAGGAUUCUUUAAUGAGAUUUGGAAUUCUUUUUCAAACUCAAAUGAUCUAUCUCAUGACAAGAACAUUGCCAAGAUGACAGAUAUAGAUGUAUCAGACUCAGAAUCGUUCAAAGACACCACACAGGAAGAAGAGGUGAAAAACGAAUGUACCUGAACCUGCAUCGUCUGAAGAAAUGUGUUAAAUGUAAAAUGUUCAAUAUUCAGAGAAAAUACUACAUUCCUUUGUGUGACAUAGAAUGUAGGAUUGCCCAUGGGAGCACUAGAGGCAGGACUGUGUUGAACAACAUUGGGUUGGGUGACAAGGCUUGUGCUGUAUAUAACAUUUGAACUGAAUUAAAUGGACCUUUGUUAGAUGGAAACACUGUGAUUAAAGGAAUAUAUGAAUGUUUUUACAGCCAUAACACCGAAGGUAUUGAUGUAGGAAACACCACUGUAGAAUGUGAUACUAUUUGGGUACUAGAGACUGCAGGGGUUCGUAGAAAUAAAGAUAAAGGGUUGGUGAGGAAUAGAAAAGGGUUAUGUGGUAAAAUAACUCAGGUUGCGCCAUCUCUUAUUAUGCUAAACAAUCAAGACAGAGGUCUUGCGGAUAGUUUCUGGAUGUGUGGAAAUAACAAACUGUUGAAUGUACUGCCAGAUGGGUGGAUGGGUCUUUGUACCUUAGUUAGAGCAAUUCAACAGGUAACCAUUAUUAAAUCACCCCAUGAUGACUAUGUUAACUCUAGAGUUAAGUGGGCGUAUGAGAAAGACACUGAGGUAUACCUUGAUGCAAUUGGACAGCCUAGUGUGGUACCUCGGGAGUUCAAGGCAAGAGAUGAAGUUAAAUCUGGAUUUGAAUCUAUAUUUUUGUGGAUAACACCAAAUAAGAACUUAGAGUGGAUUAAUUAUAUAUACUAUAACCAACAGAGAUACAUUAACUAUACUGACUCGGCUCUAACGGCAUUGGGGGAACAGGUACAGGCUACCAGUAAAAUGUCUUGGCAAAAUAGACAGGCUCUCAAUUGGCUUUUGGCAGAGAAGGGUGGAGUUUGUGUUAUGUUCGGGGAUGAUUGUUGCACCUUUAUUCCCAAUAACACUGCGCCUAAUGGAUCCUUUGCAAUCACUAUGGCUAAACUUAAAGGGUUACGAGCAGAGGUUAAGGCAAAUGCUGGGGUGGACUCUCAUGUUUGGGAUUGGUUAGACUUAGCAUUGGGGAAAUGGGGAGCCAUGUUUGCUAGGAUGGCCUUUAUGCUGGGAGGGGGGUUAUUGGCUCUGGGUAUUGUAUUUUGUUGUGUUUUACCCUGGGUGAAAUCACUUGUGAUCCAGACAACGGUUAAACAGAUGUUUGUAAGUAGAGCUGACACUCCGGUGAUAGUUGAUCCUGUGCCGGGUAGGCCAGGCUACUAUACUGAUGGAAAUGGACAGUUAUGCAAUGUGGUUGGUGGACCCCUUGACUGCUCUUUUGGUAAUCCAAACUGCCUGUAUGGAGUGGUCUCUGGAGGUGGUUACAACUUGCCAGGGUUUUCAUAAGGAUGGUUUACAUGUAUAUGCUGACAUUCCAAAUUCAUAGGACAGUCAACUGAUACGUAUCCACAAAAAGGGUAUUUUCCAUAGUAAAUACAGGGGUACUAUGUAUGAUUUUAAUAUUUCUAUUUUUGCUUAUGGUCUUGUGUUUUAGUAUGUUUUGUUGAAUGUUUUUGAUAGGUAUAUCAAUGGAUAUAUCUGGUUUCUUUUAAUUAAAAGUUAGUUUUGCCUUCUAAAAUGCUAGGUUAUAUUUACAAACAUGUAGGUAACAGUGGGAUAUCCCGGUUACAAGUGUCUAUGGACCAUGUCCUUAAUCUUUUAACAGAGGUUGGUAUCGUGUUUGUUGGAGAGGUGUCUGAGAGGGAGGAUCAUGUUGAUAGCUUAAAUUUAAAAUGAUGUGUCACUUUUAUUUUGAAAUAUUUUUUCUUUUUCACAUAAACUAAGAUAGCCUUGCCUGAGGUUAUGUACUUAUGUGCUCAUGCUACAACAAAAUGUAAUGUAUUAUUUUUUGAUGUUUCUAUACUUAACUGGAUCUUUUACUCUUAUGAAAUACUAGAGAUGUUUGGUUCAGUUGGUAUUAUAUGUGUUACUCUGUUUUUAUGUUUUAUUGUCUAUCAUAGGUAUUCUCAUUCACCGUCCUAGGGUUAUAUUUGUAUUAUUAUGGGGCUAUUUAGCCCCAGAGGGGGGUUAUGUGGGUGCAAAAUAUAACACAUAGACAAAUGCAUAAGAUAUAUAGAAGAGUUGAACACUAAAAACAGACUACAUGAAGGGAAGGUGACAUAGACGCCUAGACCAGCUGGAUAUACAAAGAUCAGAGGUUCUCUAAGGAGGGGGUCAGCCAAAUGACCAACUGAUGGAUUGCAGGCAUCAAUCACAUCACAGGAGACGCAUAAGUCUGUUUGAUCUUAGACAACCAUAUGAAGAGAAGGCGACCAGAACAGCUGGGCACCCUAAAGCUAAAGGAGAUGAAAGACACAUA